AUGGGGAUGGUGCGCCUAGAUCUGGGUUACCCUCUCGUGGUGGUUGCCUGCGGCGACGUUGUCUCCGGUGGCCGGAUCAAACAUUUUUCUUCAUGUAAAUGGCCGCGACUUCAAGAUCAAAAUCUGAUAGAAUCAGCAGUUAAUGCCAGGAAAGAGUUGCAUCUAUUUUUGGGUUUAGUCAUUUGCUUCACUUUUAUGAGGUUUACAUCCAUUGAAGCGAUUCCUGAAGGCGUUCUCGUAACACAUCUUCCUGGUCUCAAUGGCGCCUUCCCAUCAAAACACUAUUCGGGGUAUGUAGAAAUAGAGAGUGACAAAUAUCUAUUCUACUACUUCGUCGUUUCUGAGAGAAAACCUAAAAAUGAUCCUGUUGUUUUAUGGCUCAACGGAGGACCCGGAUGUUCUAGUUUUGAUGGAUUUGUCAAUGAACAUGGUCCAUUCAACUUUGAAACUGGAAAGCCACAUGGAAGCCUACCAACAUUGCAUCUCAAUCCAUAUAGUUGGUCCAAGGUUUCAAAUAUUAUUUAUUUGGAUUCUCCGGUUGGUGUUGGGUUCUCUUACUCUAAAGACCAAACCAAAUAUGUUAUUGGAGAUCGCCAAACUGCUAUUGAUACAUAUACAUUCUUGGUAAUGUGGUUCGAGUUAUACCCGGAAUUUGUGAAUAAUCCAUUUUAUAUUGCUGGAGAAUCGUAUGCUGGUGUUUACAUACCAACUCUUGCAACAAACAUAAUACAAAGAAUCAACGAUGGCGUUGAACCCGAAAUUAAUUUCAAGGGCUAUAUGGUGGGAAAUGGGUUGACUGUCCCUGAUAUAGCAUUUAAUACCGAUGUUCAAGUCUUAUUUUUGCAUGGUAUGGGACUUAUUUCAGAUAAUCUUUUUGAGGAUAUUCAAGUUACUUGUAUGAUGGGUAAUGACACAGACAAGUGUAACUAUUACCUCAGUAAGGUUGCCAAGAAUCGAAUAUUAGUCACACAUGUGCCUAACCCAGCUGAUUGUCAACCGAGUCAUUUCUCGUUGAUAAUUGAUGGUAUGAACAAGUUUAAUAUCCUUGAACCCUGUUAUCAUCCACCAAAACCUAAAGCUGAUAUGAAAGAAAAUGGAAAUUGGACAUCAAUGCCUUCUCUGGUGAGGAACCAAACAGUCGUUCCUAACGACUUUGCUGGCUUAUGGACUAAUAGUGAAGGUGUCGAUGAUUGCCUUAAUGAUGAAGUUGCAACUACAUGGCUAAAUAAUGAAUUGGUGAGGCAAGCAAUACACGCAGAGCCGGUUGAUAUGAUCGGGCCUUGGGUCAUUAUCUCAGAAAACAUUCUUCAUAAUUAUCAAAAAGAUGCCGGAAGCAUGAUUCCGUACCAUACAAAACUAACAACGGCAGGGUAUCGCGCACUUAUAUUCAGUGGAGACCAUGAUAUGGUUGUUCCAUUUACUGGAACCCAAAGAUGGAUUAAAUCACUUGGAUAUGAAAUCGUUGAUGAAUGGAGGCAAUGGACAGUGAAUGAACAAGUUGCCGGAAUUUUACAAGAAUAUGAUCAUGAACUCACAUUUCUCACCAUUAAGGGUGCCGGGCAUAGAGUCCCUAACAGCAAGCCAAAAGAGGCAUUGCAUUUCUAUACUCGUUGGUUGGACAGAGAGCCAAUAUGA